GAAUGUGUAUUAGGGAAAAGUAGAUUGGAUUGUGCAAGAAUAUGAAAUGUUGAAAUGCUGUUGUGACUAUGUUAAAAAGUAUUAUUAUAUAUUUAUAAAAUAAUACCCUAUCAACCCUAUCAGAACCUUCAAUCAUUUCAAUAAACAAGAGGACCAAGAUGGCUCUUGAUUGCUCAACGGCAUGUUGGCAGUUAACGGGCAAUAUUACAACAUUCUUUGUAUUAGAUUAAAAUGCUAAUAGGGAAAUUGUAAUAAACUAUUUAAAUUAAUAAAAUACCAUAAUAAUUGAAAGAGAAGCAACAAAAUGCCCCAUGGAGGUUUAAUAGAGUGGAUUGUGUGGGAAUAAGCAAUGUCGAAAUGCUGUUGUAACUAUGUAUUCGCUACAAACUGGCAGCUAGUGCAGUGGGGAGAAUCUCCAUACAGGCAGGUCUCUCAGAUCUCUAUAACAGAUGAUGAUGCACAGGUGAACAGGAAACUGCCCAAGGAGCUCCUUCUUAGGAUAUUUUCCUUUCUGGACGUGGUUACACUGUGCAGAUGUGCCCAAGUAUCCAAGUACUGGAACCUGUUGGCACUGGAUGGCAGCAACUGGCAGAGAGUGGACCUUUUUGAAUUCCAGGUGGAUGUAAAGGCGUCCGUGGUGGAGAAUAUAUCCAAAAGAUGUGGCGGGUUUCUUAAGGCAUUAAGUCUAAAAGGAUGUCAGAACAUAACCGAUGAGGCAUUACAAAAAUUUUCAGAGAAGUGUAGAAACAUUGAAGUAUUGAAUCUGGACAACUGUAAAAAGUUAACAGAUGCCACCUGUGCAAGUCUGGGGUUACACAGCACUAAGUUGCAGCAGCUGGAUCUGAGCUGUUGUCUCUGUAUUACUGACAAUGCUCUCAAGUUUAUCAGUAAAGGGUGUCAUCAUCUGAAACAUAUCAAUAUAUCAUGGUGUCAUGAGGUCACCAAUGACGGACUAGAGGCAUUGGCGCAAGGCUGUCUCAAACUGGAGGACUUUAUCUGCAAGGGAUGCAGUCAGAUAACUGAUGUUGGCGUGGGACAUAUAGCUGUACAUUGUAAGAACAUCAGACGAAUAAACUUGCACUCAUGUCAGAACAUUACGGAUGACGGUCUGAAGCUGCUCGGGGAGCAUUGUCACGACCUCGCGUUCCUCUGUGUGUCCAGCUGUCAGCGGCUGACUGACCAGUCUCUAGUCUCCAUUGCCAAUGGAUGCCCUGCCUUAAAAACCCUGGAGGUCGCUAAUUGUUCACACUUGACAGACAAUGGAUUCCAGGCUUUAGCAAAAAAUUGCCAUGUACUGGAGAGAAUGGACCUGGAGGAAUGCCUGCAGAUAACAGACUCCACCCUCAACUACCUGGCCAGCUACUGUCACCACCUCACUGUUCUGAGUUUUUCGCACUGUGAGUUGAUAACAGACGAGGGUAUACGUCAUCUGGGCUCGAGCGUAUGCGCCACAGAGCAGUUACAGGUGCUUGAACUCGACAACUGCCCUCUGAUCACGGAUGCCUCACUUGAGCAUCUGAUGGGAUGCCAGUCCCUUGAGCGUAUAGAACUGUACGACUGUCAGCUGAUCACUCGACAGGGCAUCCGUAGACUCAAAAACAGACUCCCAAACAUACGAGUGCAUGCGUACUUUGCGCCAGUAACUCCGCCAGCCAGUGUCGGUGGUGGCCGACAGAGGUACUGCAAGUGCUGUGUCAUACUCUGACCACAAAUUGACCACAGACUGACCUUUCUCCCGAUCUGUGAUUUUUUUCUGUACAGAAACUAAGCUGGCAAUGAGAGAAAGCAAUUAGACAUUUAAGAUUUGUGUACAGUUUCUGUGCUUUGCGUGGACUUGAGUCAGCACUGUCUGAUAUAAUGUCUGAUGUUUAUUUUGUGAGGUCAGAUGCCUCAAGUCAGACAUAUUUUAUUGCUCUAGCUUUGAUAGAAUUCUUUGUCUCCGCCAACUGUGCACAAGAUAUUGUUCUAUCUUAUAGCUGCAAGCAGGUUUUGGGUUGAGCUUGCAACUAUUGUUUGGUUGCUUUCUCAUAGUGGAUAUGGUGUCUGCCUAGCUACCAUCAAGUCACCUAUUCAAUCCCCAAAGUGGGAGCUUUCUCUAGAUCUCUUCAAAUGACACCAAGUACUGGAUCUUCCCAGAAAAUGGACUUGAGAGCUUUUAAAUAAGGCAAUUGUACUUAGAUAAAUAGGCUUAAAAGUAUUUAUUAUUUAAGCAGAUAACACAUUUUUGGGCUCAACCCUGUAUUUAUGUCCACCCAGCUAAGUGAUUUCUGUUGAACAUUUUCAGCCUUAUUCAUAAAAUAGCCAGUAUUUAGUUUACUUGUAUUGGGAUUAAUUUAAUAGCAUCCAUCAAUAUACUAGCUAAAAUGUGCUUAGCAUAAUUUGUAUGCAAAAGUUCCUUGAUUUUUGUGAAAAAAUUGAUGCUUUAAUCUUCGUCAUCCUUACCCUUGUGAAUGUUAGUAUUUUUAAAAAUAAUUAUUGUGAUGACUUGAAAGUAAUCGUGUAUUAGUGGUAUUUAUAAUCUGUAGAUCCCAGGCUUGAGUUUGUAUAUUGCAGAUUGUCUGACUAUUGUAUGUCUUUUCUCAUAUUGUUUGAACUUUGCAAUUAAAUAACUCAUGGGACCUUAUAAUCAUGCAUCAAAUGCAAAUUAUUAAUGACUUUGUAUGUAGUUGAUUCACUGUCAUUUACUUUUUAUAAAUAAAAUCAUUCACUCAGUUUUCAACACAAAAUAAAUAUUGCAGGCACUGUACACAAUUUUUACUUCAAUCUUAGUCAUGAAUGAAAACAUAAAACCAAUUGUUCAGUUGUUUCAACCAGUUUAACAAACAUUGCCAGAAAGUUGGGUUUAAAUUUUUCAUCUUAUCUUCACCAAACUUUCUGGAAAUAUUUGUUGAAAUAUAUGGAACCUAGUGUGAUUACCAGUUAAAUCGUGUUAGGCUUUUUAGAGCUAUUGCCCUUAGUUUGAAUUAAAAAAAGCAAGAUUUGUCUUUUCAUAACUAAUUCACAUUUCACAUUACCUUUAUUAAACUUUCUAGAUAUGGGGUCUAAUUUUUACCGUGGGUUCAUUUUUUUCCCAUGACCUUAUUCUUCAAAAUAGGGUUUAUUUUGUCAAAGUGCACUUGAUAGCAGGAAAAAAUAAGCUACCUUAGGUCUUUUAGUCAAUAUGUCAUUUCAAUUGUACACCACAAUGUAGUCAUUGCCAAGCUGAGUAUGCCGUUUAAGAAUUUGCUUCAAAAUACUAAUUUAAAUGGGCUACUAAUAUUUCCAUCAAUUAGAUGGAGUGGCUAAGUGAUUUACCAUUCAUUUCUUUAAUGGUGUGUGUUAUUAAACUGGAUAUUCAAGCAAAUUUUUAUGCCCCCCUUCGAAGAAGAGGGGGUAUAUUGCUUUGCUCAUGUCGGUCGGUAGGUCGGUCGGUCGGUAGGUCGGUCGGUCGGUCGGUAGGUCCGUCCGUCCACCAGGUGGUUGUCAGACGAUAACUCAAAAAUGCAUACGCCUAGGAUCAUGAAACUUCAUGGGUAGAUUGAUCAUAACUCGCAGAUGACCCCUAUUGAUUUUGAGGUCACUACGUCAAAGGUCAAGGUCACGUUGACCCGAAAUAGUAAAAUGAUUUUCGGAUGAUAAUUCAAGAACGCAUAUGCCUAGGAUCAUGAAACUUUAUAGAUAGAUUGAUCAUGACUCGCAGAUGACCCCUAUUGAUUUUUAGGUCACUAGGUCAAAGGUCAAGGUCACAGUGACCCGAAAUAGUAAAAUGAUUUUCGGAUGAUAACUCAAGAACGCAUAUGCCUAGGAUCAUGAAACUUCAUAGGUAAAUUGAUCAUGACUCGCAGAUGACCCCUAUUGAUUUUGAGGUCACAAGGUCAAAGGUCAAGGUCACGGUGACCCGAAAUAGUAAAAUGAUUUUCGGAUGAUAACUCAAGAACGCUUUUGCCUAGGAUCAUGACACUUCAUAGGUACAUUGAUUGUGACUUGCAGAUGACCCCUAUUGAUUUUCAGGUCACUAGGUCAAAGGUCAAGGUCACAGUGACAAAAGUUGUAUUCACACAAUGGCUGCCAGUACAACGGACAGCCCAUAUGGGGGGCAUGCAUGUGUUACAAACAGCCCUUGUUAUCCAGUGCAGUUAUACCUGUGAAAUUAUGUAUUUUAACCAGUGAGCUGAAGUCAUAAUUUAAAAAGAUGAUGUUGUCUGAAGUUUUAACAUCACUGAUUUUUAUACAACCGUUUAAAAAAAACGGGACAUAUUAUAGUUUCACCUUGGCGGUGGACAGAUGGCCGGGCGGGCAGGUGGCGUCCACAGCAGUGUCCGCUCUCUAAUUCAAAUAGUUUUUAUCAGAUCUUCACCAAACUUGGUCAGAAGUUGUAUCUAGACAAAAUCUAGGUCAAGUUCGAAUAUGGGUCAUGCCGGAUCAAAAACUAGGUCACAGGGUCACUUAGUGCAUUUCAAGCAUUUAGCAUGGUGUCCUCUCUCAAAUUGAAGUAGUUUUUAUUCGAUCUUCACCAACCUUGGUCAGAAGUUGUAUCUGGACAAUAUCUAGGUCAAGUCUGAAUAUGGGUCAUGCUGGGUCAAAAACUAGGUCACGGGGUCACUUAGUGCAUUUCAAGCAUUUAGCAUGGUGUCCGCUCUCUAAUAGAAGUAGUAUUCAUCCGAUAAUCGCCAAACUUGGUCAGAAGUUGUAUCUAGACAAUAUUUAGGUCAAGUUUAAAUAUGGGUCAUGCCGGGUCAAAAGCUAGGUCACAGGGUCACUUAAACCAUUUCAAGCAUUAAGUAUGGUGUCCGCUCUCUAAUUGAAGUAGUUUUCAUCCGAUCUUCACCAAAUUUGGUCAGAAGUUGUGUCUAGACAAUAUCUACAUGUAGGUCAAGUUCAAAUAUGGGUCAUGCCAGGUUAUAAACUAGGUCACGAGGUCACUUAGUGCAUUUCAAGCAUUUAGCAUGGUGUCUGCUCUCUAAUUGAAGAAGUUUUCAUCAGAUCUUCACCAACUUUGGUCAGAAGUUGUGUCUAGAUGAUAUGUAGGUGAAGUUCAAAUAUGGGUCAUGGUAAAGUUAUCAAAUUGUCCAAAGCCUUAAAACGGGCAUAUCUUGUGACAGUUUGGCACUCUUGUUUAAUAAUAAUUUGACUUGAUCGAUUCUAGUAUUCUAAAAUAUUUGUUUAUUGCAUUUAAUAAUAGCACUGCUUAAUGCAAAUUUCUGUGACAUUUGGUAUUAAAUAUCUUAACAUUUGAACUUCCAAAACAUUACACUUUUACGAAAUGUUUAAGUGAAAACAUGUAAUGCAGUAAAUUGGGUGUUUUUUAUCUGAAUUAACAUCACAUUAUGAAUUGAUCUGAUUUUAAAAAUAUUUGUCAUUAUUGACUACCUUGUUUUUCCGUUUGAUAUUAUUUAAUAUUUUUGUUAUGUGUUUGUUUUAUGCUGUUAAGUGAUUUUGUUGCUGUUUGCCAUUAGCUUUCUCGUGCAAUACCAUGUUUAUGGCUUGGUUUUCAUAGCAACCAUUAAAUGAAUAUUCUAAGUCAUGCCAUGAACUGCCUGUAUCUCAAGCACAGAAUAUUUUUUUUUAUUUGUUUCAUUAUUAUAUUUAAUAAAGGUUUUAUAAAUAAUGAUUCAAUCAAGUAAAACUUUAAAGUUUCUCAAUAAAUUAUUGUUUUGAAAUGAAUUUCUAUGAAUGUGUGCAAUUUUAAAAAAUAUUUUAUAACACUGAUCUUACAAUUAGCAGAUUAAGGUCAGGUUCAAAGCUAUCCACCAAACACACAUGCUUAUUUAGAUGGUUUCUUUAUUAUAACAGCGUAUGCUCUUAUCACUUCUAAUUGAACAAUUAUUUAACAUUUUAUAAACAAUAACCACAAUUUUAUAAAAAAAAAUGUGAAAAAUAUUGUCUGGAGUAAGCUCACUUCAUGUAAGAGAGAACAGUAAUGUUUGAUAUUUGUAGUAUUUGAAGCCAAAUUCAUCUUUAAUUUUUGUUGUUAUAUAAAUACGAUUUUGCCUCUAUAUAUUAUAAUGUAGUAAUCCCACCAGCUUUUUGCUUUUCCAUUUUAUAUGUGAUACUAGUUUAUGAAUGCAAUCAUUUGUGACAUUAACAGAUUGAAUUGUUAAUGAGAAAUUUGCAGAUUGAUUUGUUUAAUAUGAAUGUCAAUUUUUGUGGAAAUGUGCUUAACACCCCAGGCUUGGUAACACAACCAGCAAUAAUACCCUUUAAUAUUAACACAUUAUUUAAGUGCAUGUUUCGUUGGGCUAAUAAAAGUUCAUUUGUUAGACUUUUUCUUAUACCAGUUUCAUAUUGGUAAGUUCCAAUGGUUAUGUUGUAAUAUUGUGCUCUUAAAACAUACAUGUUAAAGAAAAAGAUUUCUUUUUGUAUUUAUUUUUGUAGUCUAAUUUUUUAAUCAAAUGAAUAAUUUAUAUGUUAUGUAAGGAAGGUAUUGAUUAAAUUCUCUACGUAAAUGUGAUAGCUAUUUCUUAUGAAAAGAGAGCAUGGGAAAAACACAUCCCCUGUACUAUUUAUGAGUAUGUUACAAGUGAACAGUUUGAAUGUGGCGCUUCAGUUGAUAUGCUGUGGUAUUUAAGCUUUCAGUCUCAGAGUCCCUCAGUAGUGUCUGUUUGGUCUACAAUGUGGUUGGUACGCAGGUUUUUUCACCCAGGUGAACCAGGUUCAAUGCCCGCUCACAGGCGCAUGUUAGUUUGGAUGUUGGUCAUCAUGCUUGACAGGUGGGGGUUUCUUCUGGGGACUCGGGCUUUCCUCCAUAACACAAGACCACACCAAAGUAAAGAAUAUAUAUCGGUAAAAUAUUGGUUAUUGAAGCUAUAAUUCAAAAUUCUUCUUAUCUUUUGUGAGUUAAUUAUCAGGAGUAGUGGGACACACUACGGGUCCUCACAUGAUGCAGCCUUGGAAAUACACACACAUCCCCCAGAAGUAUUCCGUGUUUUAUGAUACAACAGAAAGAAAAUACUGUAAUGGUAAGGGACUUCAAUCUUGUCUUUUGAAAAGUAAGUUUAGUUUUAGACUUUCCAAUGAUCCACAAGAGAGAGACAGGUACAUAAUAUGAACAUAUCCACUCAAUAUUCUCCAUUGUUGCUUUUAUUAUUGAUAUAUGAUAUUCAGUAUUCACUCAUUGUAUGGGGGAAGCUUGACCACUUCCACAUAUAUUCUUUCAUUGAAUAGGAACAGACAUUUUUCUACAUUCAUUCGAAAAAAUCAAUUUUUAUAUGCAUGUUUACAGUUAAGAAAUGAUAGGAUUAUUAUUGUGAUUUAUCAUUUACCGGUAAUUGUAUCUUUUGUGUACAUGAAGUCUCUGCGUUGAGAAAAUUCAGUCAAGGCGGAGAGUGUUGUCCCUGAUUGGCCUGUUGGGACUGCACAGGCUAAUCUGGGACGACACUGCGUACAUGCAUUAAGCCUUGUUUUCCCGGAGCGCUGCUCAUUUCAUGAUGUCAUGUUGCAAGAGAUAUUGCUGUUUGAUUAUGAUUGUGUUUUGUAUGCGGAUUAUCAGUUUCUACAUUUGAACUUGUAUAUUAUUGGUUUUACUGAUUUUGUUAAAAUUUUUGUCACACAUAUAUUAAUAAAUGUACCUUAAAAGUA